CGCCGUUUCACUUCCGCUUUCCUACUUCCGUACACAAACGCUUAGCAUCUGAUGACGUGUUGCAUUCCUCGUCCGCUUGCCUGUCGAUACUUUAGCGGCGCUAUUGACCCAUUUUAGAGUAAUACAAUAAAAAAAAGAGGCGAAGAGACGACAUACAGAUACUUAGACGUUGCCGGAAAUGGAGUCGCUUUACCACCAGACUAACAAGCACAUCCAGGAAGUGCAGUCGCUGAUGGGCAACCUGGAGAGGACGGAGCGUCAGUCCGUACAUUUGUUAGAGAACGAACUCCAGGCUCGAAUCGACCAGAUCUUCAACCAUUUAGAGCGCCUGGAGAUCCUGGCCAGCAAGGAGCCGCCCAACCGCCGCCAGAACGCAAAACUGCGCGUGGACCAGCUCAAGUACGACGUGCAGCACCUGCGCACCGCCCUGCAGAACUUCCAGCACAGACGCUAUACCAGAGAGGCCCAGGAGAGGGAGCGAGAGGAACUCAUGAACAGAACCUUCACCACCAACGAUGCAGACACGUCCAUCCCCAUCGACGACACGCUGCAGCUCAACUCCAACUUGCACAACGCCCACCAAGGCAUGGACGACCUGCUGGGCAGCGGCAGCAACAUCCUCAACGGUCUGAGGGACCAGAGAUCCACGCUGAAGGGAACCCACAAGAAGAUGCUGGACUUGGCCAACAUGCUGGGACUGUCCAACACGGUGAUGAGACUCAUCGAGAGACGAGCCACGCAGGACAAGCUGAUCAUGAUGGGAGGCAUGCUGCUCACCUGCGUCUUCAUGUUCCUGGUGGUGCGAUACCUGGGCUGAUAUCACACUUCCAACAUGAUGUCACUUUUUCCAUGUCUUUUAUUCUGGUCUACUUCUCACAUCUCGGCGCACCUUUCAUGACAGUAUUUGACCACAUGUGAAGCUUACAUUGUUUUUUGGACUUUUUAGCCAGAGAAACGGUUUUUCUUUUAACACGGUGGCCGUAAAAUGGUUUGAAUUUAAAUGUUUGGUUUACAUAAAUAUAACAAUUGUAAUUGUACCCUGUCCGGAUUUACAGUUGGCUCUAGUCUCACUAUGUGAGUGAUUUAAUUCUCUUCAAUAAAACCUUUCUUAUUGGCUGUCUUAUUAGGGACCGAAUGUCCCUUUGGGACUGAGGACCCUAUUGAAUUUCUAGCGUUUUAUUAUUAUUAGGGACCGCAAUGUCCCUUUGGGACUGAGGACCCUGUUGUAUUCGUAAGGUUUUAUUCUUUCUUUCUUUAUUAUUAUACCGCAGCUUUAAGCUGUAAUUUGACCCCCUUAACAUGCUUCAAAACUCACCAAAUUUGACACACACAUCAGGACUGGUGAACAUUACGAUUUAAUCAAAAAAACAAACCCCAAAACUCAAAAUUGUGCUCUGGCGCCCCCUAGGAAGAAAAAAAGUUUUGUAAAAACAGUCACUAAUUUGACCCUCUUAACAUGCUUCAAAACUCACCAAACAGGACAAACACAUCAGGACUGGCAAAAAUUACGAUCUAAUAAAAAAAACCAAACCCCAAAACUCAAAAUAGCGCUCUAGCGCCUCCUAGGAAGAAAACACAGACAAAACUGCUCCUUGGAAGAAAACCGACAAAACUGCCUGCAACUUCCAGUAGGAAUGUCGUAGAGACAUGAAACAAAAACCUCUAUGUAGGUCUCACUUAGACCUACACUUCAUACAUUGACAACCCCCAGCAAAAAUCAACAGGAAGUUUGCAAUUCCCCCUUCAAAACAAAAGUUUUGUAAAAACCGGUCACCUUUUUUCAAACAUUAUCUCCUCUGAGCGCGUUUGUCGUGUCGGCUUCAAACUAGCACAGGAGAGCGAUUGAACCCUUCUGAUUAAAAGUUGACGAAAGAGUUUUAAUUACUGCUCCGGUUUGGAUUUUAUGUGCCGUCAAAGUCGGUCCCGUCCAUCGCUGCUUGCAGCUUUAAUUAUUCUUUAUUAUUAUACCGCCGCCUCUUUGAGCUGUAAUUUGACCCCCUUAACAUGCUUCAUAACUCACCAAAUUGGACACACACAACAGGACUGGCGAAAAUUGCGAUCUGAUCAAAAAAACAAACCCCAAAACUCAAAAUUGCGCUCUAGCGCCCCCUAGGAAGAAAACACACACAAAACUGCCUGUUAACUCCCAGUAGGAAUGUCGUAGAGACAUGAAACAAAAACCUCUUUGUUGGUCUCACUUAGACCUAGAUUUCAUUCACUCACAACCCCCAGCAAAAAUCAACAGGAAGUUUGCAAUUCCCCCUUCAAAACAAAAGUUGUGUAAAAACAGUCACCUUUUUUCAAACAUUAUCUCCUCUGAGCGCGUUUGUCGUGUCGACUUCAAAUUAGCACUGGAGAGAGAGUGAACCCUUCUGAUUAAAAGUUGAUAAGUUUUAAUUACUGCUCCGGUUUAGAUUUUAUGAGCCCUCAAAGUCGGUCCCGUCCAUCGCUGCUUGCAGCUUUAAUUAUUAUUUGUAGUUUCUUCAACUUCAAAAGUUAUUAAAUAUUAUGCAGCCCGGAAAUAAUAUGCGUCAAUAAAGCACUUCGACAUACAGUAGGAAGGGGAUUUAAAUAUGGCCCCAUUCGUCACCGUUUACCUGACACAUGAAACGGGACAAAUUAGGGCGGUGCACUGGCCACUUUAGCCGCCAGAUGGCAGGAGUGUUGAAUAUCUUAACCCUUGUGUAAUGUUCAUAUUGUUGUUACUCAGCCAGCGUUUGUGGGUCUGAUGGAGCCGUUGCAUUUUGUGGCUUUUAAUGCCUCACAAUCAAACACUUUUAUGUUAAAAUACCAUCAGACCCACAAACGCUGGCUGAGUAACAACAAUAUGAACGUUGCACGGAAAAUGUAUCUGCCAGUUUCUGCAUCCCACAGGGAUUCUUCUUUUGUGUUUCCGCACCUGCGGUUCCCACACAAGGUUGCAACAUUGUUUGUCAACACUGUCUGCUCUCAUUUUCUCGCACAUUUGACUCUCUGAUGUUUUGUGUACCUACACUCUGUCCUCCUCCUGUUUAGGCCUGCUGUGUGUGGGUGCGUGUGGUACACAGAACAUCAAUUUCCACACUUCUAUUAGCCCCGCGUCCUUUGGACUCGGACAUCUUAUAUGUAAUAGAAAUGUGUAGGGGGGUGUAUGGUGUGUGGUCAUUAAAUAUGUAUUCUGAUAUUAGUUCUUCACAGAAAAUGAGCCAAAGUCAGUGAGUCUCAGUUUGAAAAAUUAAUUAAUUGUAUCAUUUUUCUUUCAAUAAAAAAUGAAAAUGGGUCCCACAGACCCGAACACCACACAAGGGUUAAAAAGUGUUUUGUGGCAAUUACAACUUUAACCACAGCGUCAAUUGCUAUGUAGAGUGCAGCUUUCCCUCAUUUUCAGCAGACUGCAUUGCGCUUCCUCUCAUGCGAGAUCCACCCUGGAAUGGGGUCGUAAGAAUCACUUCCCUACUGUAUUCC